GGAAGCCGUGUCCAUCGGCUGACAGUUCAUUUUUCUCGCCACUCCUCUCAGAGCGGACACGUAGACCACAGAACCUCCACCAUGUCGUCCUUCUCUCGUUCCUACAUGAGCUCUGGCGGAAACCGUUUAGGGGCAAUGCGGGCUGGCAGUGUGUACGGUGGUGCAGGGGGCUCUGGGGUACGAAUCUCCAGUUCCAGCACCUCCCGGGCCUACUCCGCUGGUGCAGGGGCUGGGUUCAACCUCGCUGAUGCCAUUGAUGUGAAUGACAACAAGAAGGUCGCCAUGCAGAACCUGAACGACCGUUUGGCCACCUACCUGGAGAAGGUCCGCAAGCUGGAGGCAGCCAAUGCCGACCUGGAGUUGAAGAUCCGGAAGUUCCUGGAGAGCAAGACCAAGCCCGAGUCUCACGACUGCAUUGCCUUCAAGGCCACCAUCAGCACCCUGCAGGACCAGAUCCUGGAUGCCACUCGUAUGAAUGGCGCUCUCUACCUGGCUAUUGACAAUGCUAAGCUCGCUGCAGAUGACUUCAAGGUUAAAUUUGAGAAUGAGCUGGCCAUGCGUCAGGGAGUUGAGGCAGAUAUCGUCGGGCUGAGGAGAGUCCUGGACGAGCUGACUCUUGGAAGAUCGGACCUGGAGAUGCAGAUCGAGGGGCUGAGAGAUGAACUCAUCCAGCUGAAGAGAAACCAUGAGGAGGACCUGCUAGCUAUGCGCUCCCAGAUGGGAGGUCAGGUGAAUGUGGAGGUGGAUGCCGCUCCUCAGCAAGACCUCUCCGCUGUGAUGGCCGGCAUCAGAGAACACUACGAAAACGUCGCCACCAAGAACCGCAGGGACCUGGAGGUCUGGUUCCAGGCUAAAUCAGAGGAGUUGAACAAGGAGGUUGCAGUUAGCACUGAGACCCUGCAGACAUCUCGCUCUGAGGUCACAGAGGUCAAACGCACACUGCAGAGCCUGGAGAUUGAGCUUCAAUCACAGCUCAGCAUGAAAGCUUCUCUGGAAGGCACCCUGGCCGACACUCAGAACAGGUACGCCUGCAUGCUGGCUGGCUUCCAGAGACAGGUGACCAGCCUGGAGGAGCAGCUGGCUCAGCUGCGGGCUGACCUGGAGCGCCAGGGUAAUGAGUACCAGAUGCUCCUGGACACCAAGACCCGGCUGGAAAUGGAGAUCGCUGAGUACAGGAGGCUGCUAGAUGGCGAACUUUAUGACAGCACCAGCAGCACCACCACCCGUAAGGUUGUGAUCGUCACCCAGGAAAUCUUGGAUGGAGAGGUGGUCAGCAACAGCACCGAGACUCUGAAAGAAACCAUUUGAGACAGUUGUGUGACGGAACACAUCUAAAGAACCUCUUCUAGCCGUUCUCAGAAAAUAAACAAAUAAAAGACCUCUGAUGAACUGA